AUGUUUUUCAUGUUCGCUUUUGUACAAUUUGCUCCCUCCCUUCACACACAGGUGGCGAAACUUGUCCUACUGGUGUCAACGUUCUGCGUGGUCCCAACGCUUGGCGGUUUGCUGAGGACACCGAAAGUUUACAACGCGGUGAUAACGACCGAUGAGAAUUUGACACCGAGCCGUGCCUAUCCUGUGGUUCAACCGGUGGUUCACGAAGCGGGGCUGAGCUAUCCGUUCGGCGCUUUCGGACCAUUUGGGCUGUACAAUGCGUUCAACGCGUACCCAGGCUUUUACCAGCCGCAACCGACGUCCACAGGUGCAAGUGCCGCCCAAGUGCAGGGUAGAAACUCAUUCUUUGUCGGACGUGAACCGGAACCACAACUUCAAGAUACCCCAAUAGAGACUCUUCCAGGCGCCAAACCCUUCCCGGAGAAAAACCUACCACUGCGUGAACCACCAGUGCCGGAAAUAAUCCCCGAUCCAAACAACAGCAUUGCCCCUAAAGCACCGGAAGGUCCUCGACCGAACUACGAAGGGCGUCCAGUAGAUUCGAAAAAUCCCCUCCAACUAAACGAGUUUGGUUAUCCGCCCAGUCUAAUUCCCGUAGCUGCCUACAACAACAACGGUCAACUGCAAAGCCCCCCCGCUUUCAAUCUACAAAACUACCCCUACAACUUCCCAGUCCUGUACGACUCUUUCGGCAACUACAACCCUACGCAGUACCAAUCGAUCCUACCACCGUUCGGUUAUUUCCCCCAGCUAAGCCAACCGAAUCCCUACUUCAGCCAGAAUGUGCCACCAAACGCACCCAUCAACAACGCAGUAGAUCCUCAGCAGUUCAACCGUGACGGUCGCGAACAGCAACUGCAAGAUCCCAUCAAACCGAACCUGCCGAACGCACCGGAAGAGAUAGCCAAUUCCGAUGAAAACAAACCGGAACCACCACCGGCGGCGGCGGUGGCAGCGGCAGCGGCAGCAGAGGCCGAGGCUGCUGCAGCGGAAGAGCUUGACGAAAGUAUUAAGAAUAAUGCCAACAAAAACAGAGCCAUUCCGGACGUGCCGCCACCACCGAUUCCAUCCGGAGCGAAGGAAGUUGAGCAGCCGUAA